AGACAUAUAUAACAGACUGAAAUACUUCUUUUUUACUUACUUAUACAUAAUAUAAUGAAUAUUCAAUUAAUAAUUUUCCUGUGCUUCACACCAAAUAUUAUUUUAGUUGUUUUCGCUAAAAAUGUAAAAAUCAUUGGUGGUGUGGAUGCAGAUAUAAAGGAAAUUCCUUAUAUAGCAUCGUUAAGACAAUUUAAAAAAGAAGAACAUUUUUGUAGUGGUGCAAUUAUUAGUCAUUAUCAUAUUCUUACGGCAGCUCAUUGUAUAGAUAGUUUAGAUAAAUCGGAAGUUCGGAUUUAUGUAGGAUCCGCUAAUUCUUCAAAUUAUACAGGACCAUAUUAUAAUAUACAAGACAUCAAAAUGCAUCCAAAGUAUAAUAAAGCAAACAUAAAAAAAUUGAAAACCCGUUACGAUAUUGCUGUUCUCACAGUUUAUCCACGCAUUCCUUUCAAUCAAUUUCAAAAUAAAAUAAAUCUCCCAAAUCAAGAUAUUGAGACUGGUGAACUCGGUUUAAUAAGUGGCUGGGGAUGGAAAACUUAUCCAAUAGGUUGGAUUUCUGAUACAUUACAAAAGCUCAGUAUGUGGAUCAUUUCAAAUGAGCAAUGCGCCAACUACUUUACAAACUUGAUUCGUGAGGAGCAUAUUUGCGUAUAUCGUAACCGAGAAACCGGCACAUGCUUCGGCGAUAGCGGUGGGCCAUUAAUUAAUAAUAAUACACUCAUCGGUAUUUCAUCUAUAAACAGUCCAUGUGCUUCGGGCGAUCCCGAUGUAUACGUCAGAGUUUAUACCUUUUUGGAAUUUAUCAAUUCCAUUAUAAAUUGUCACUGUGUUCCAUUUGACUGCAAUUGUUUAUAAAAGAAUAGUUUAAAAAAUUAAAUAAUGAAUAAAUUUAAUUGAAAUAAUAAGUAGAUUAUUAUAGUAGAGUUAUAACAACCUAGAUGAUAAUUCUUACAAGUAAAUAAGAAUUAAUUAAGAAAAAAGAGCUUAUACGUAUCGCGACACUAUACUCCAAAGAAAAACUCUUUCUCAAUAUCUUCACAGAAAAAUGGAUUACCAAACUGUUAUUCAUAUAUGCUUAACGAUACAGUAACAUCGACCAUAAAUCAAUAAAUAAAUAGAAUACGAGUGUCGCAUUAUAUUAAAAAUGGCUGAUAUUUCAUCAAAUAUUUCAAUGGGUCAAUGCAAACUAUAAUGUACAAUAAAGAAAAAUAAUCGUCAGCCCGUGCCGAUUAGAAGGGAUGUAAUAUUAGUUAAACAUAUUUUUAUCUUCUUUUUACUUCACCUC